AUGUACCAUCGCGACGGUCGGCGUGUCAGCACACCGCGCAACCGAACUGGCACUGCCGCUGCCGCCCCUCCUCGCCCUGUGGAUACAGCCAGUUGGCUCCCCAUGCUUACGUUCACGCCCAGCAGCAUCGUGGUUGAGCCCAAACCGAGGGGUGAGGUAGCGGGUGCCGAAGAAUGCGCCGCCGCUUCUACAGCAAACAUCACUGUGCCGGACUCAUCCAAGCCCGUGGUCAGCCGAGUAGCUAGCUCUCUGGCCAGCCCGGCAGCCCGGCAGCCGAGAUUGUCCGCCACCACGGAGAUGCCGAGCCCGUUUUCUGACAACGCAUGUGCGGUAAUGCUGCCGGAGCGCGACGCAGUGUUCAAUGUGCUCGAGUUUGUGAUCGACCACGCCAGGCAGCGCCUUGGUCGGGCGCCGCCCAACGUUGCUCAUGGGCUAAAGCGCGACGAGUACGGGAACCUGCAGGUGCGUGUUUCGUUCUACUUUGGGCAGCUCGACCAGAUAUGCGUGACGUAUACGUGGACGACGCUCACUAACGAGACGCUGGUGCCGCUGUCGUUUCAGGCACCAUCGGUGCACAUUAACACGAGCCACAUCAACGCCGGUUUCCAGGAGUAUGGGCUGGUGCGCAACCUGCGGCCGAUUAUUUCCAAAGACGGCUGCAAUUACAAUGGAUGGAGGUGCCUGCUGACGGUUAGGACUGGUGCCAAUGUUCCAGAGCAGAUCACGAUUGUGGACAGGAACUUCCCAAGUGAAAGUGCUGUGCAGCUCGCGGUGGCCGACGAUCGCACGUACUGCGACAAGCACUACUAUAUGCUGCCUAGUUUCUGCGGUUGCCUGUCAGGCGAAGCCAAGACCGAAGCCAAAGCUAAAGCCAAAACUGAGAGAGGGGAGGCCAAGACCAGCGAGUGA